AUGAUUGUUGCUUCAAUAUCAGCAGAAGACAGUAGCUGGCAAGUGCAGUCAUUUGUUAAUGAGAACACAGCAUAUGUAGUUGAGGCUACAGAUAGGCUGAUUAUGAAAUGUACUUGUUUCAAUUUUGAAAGAAGACAAAAAACAUGCAAGCAUAUGCAUUUGUUAAAAAUGCACACUGCCUUUUCUUUGCACUUUUCAACCACUCCUUUAAACCCUACCUAUGAACACAAUGUCAUCCCAAUCUCUCAACCUAUCACCACAAACAAUUGUUCCUCCCUUUUCCUUGAUCAGUGCAUUCAAACAAAUCAAACACUGCAUCAAUCGCAUCAAGACCUUGCCACAUUAGCAUAG